CAGGUCUGAUAAGCACGACGGGACGCAGGCUGGACCGGGAAACGCAGGCCGAACACAUUCUGGAGGUUACAAUCAGUGAUGACGGUUCUCCAACUCUCUCAUCAACCACAAGGGGGUGGUAGCAGUUGAUGACGUCAACGACCAUGCUCCAGAGUUCGAGCAGGCGUUCUACAAGAUCGUGAUUCCUCGCACCAGACACCAGGAUGCGCCACUCUUCCAGAAUGGAUCUGGUGACACAGAGCUAGCUCUCGAAGCUCUGCUUGAAAACGGAACUUGGGAAAGCUUCAUAGAGGAUGAACUACUUGGGGAGGCUCUGUUCAGGGUGCAUGCUGUUGAUAGAGAUAUUGGCAAUAAUGCGGAACUGCACUACAGCAUCAAAUCGGGCAGAGGAAAGGGAAAAUUCGGUAUUCAUCCCAGUACAGGAACUGUUUAUUCGCAAAGAUCUUUCGCAGCAGGACAGGAAUAUGAUCUAUUGGUGAAAGCAACCGACUACGGUUCCCCAAACAAGAGCUCAACCGCCCGCGUGUCAGUGACAGUGAAGGACACCCCAGAGGAGUCCCCGCACGCCCCCGUCAUUCGACAGCCGGACCAGCGAGUGCAGGUGACAGAGAGCGACACUGUCGGCUUCCUUGUCGCUCUGGUCCAGGCCACAGACGAGGACGGAGAUAUGUUGUGGUACUACAUUGUUGGUGGUGAUCCGAGAUCAGAAUUUGUGAUCAGUGGUGACAAGGGCAGUGUACUGGUGGCCAAGCAGCUAGACAGAGAGGUGCAGUCUGAAUACAAUCUCACCAUAAGUGUAACCGAUGGAGUACACACUGUACUCACACAGUUAUACGUGACGGUGAUGGACAUAAACGAGCACCGCCCGUGGUUCACACAGAACUUGUACUCUGCGAACGUGUCUGAGAGCACGCCGGUCGGCACAGAAGUGGUGCAACUGCAGGCCACAGACGAGGACCAGGACAGCAAGGUGCUCUACAGUCUGCACUCGGCACGCAGCCCCGCUUCGCUCGCCGCAUUCAAGGUCGACUACCAGACUGGAGUUAUCACUGUCGUGCAGUCGCUUGACAGGGAAAGCAUAGCAGAACACCUGUUAACAGUGAUGGUUAAGGACGCAGGCACACCGGCCAAACGCAACUUCGCGCGGGUUGUGAUCCAUGUAUACGAUGCGAAUGACCACGCCCCUGAGUUCAGCUCAGCCAUCAUCCAAGGUCGCGUUUUCGAAACAGCUGACGUGGGAUCAGCUGUUGUUACUGUGCUGGCUGUCGACAAAGAUCACGGCAAUAAUGCCGUCAUUACUUAUUCCAUCACUUCAGACAUGAACUCAAUAGCCGAAUACAUGCUGAUUGUGAAGGCUGUGGAUGGAGGGGCUACUCCACUAUCCUCCACGCUUCCAGUGCAUAUCAUGGUUGUUAUGGCUGAUAAUGCCGCUCCAAGAUUCUUGAAACGUGAAGUAGCAGCUGAACUGUACGAAAACGAACCAGCCGGAGCUGUGGUGAAACAUCUGGAAGCAAGGAGCACGUCUUCCCUUCUCUUCGAGUUGAUACGCGGCGAUUCGGAAGGACAUUUCGCUGUAGACCCCAGCACAGGUGUGGUGACGACACAGCAACCGCUGGACUACGAGACGAACCGAGUGUUCAACCUGAGUGUGACGGCGACCAGUAUGGCGGGCGCCAAGGCUGUGUGUCACGUGAUAGUUCAUGUGCUGGACAGAAACGACAAUGCCCCACGAUUCGUACAGGCUGCUUAUGAGGGCAAG